AUGGACUUCGAAAGCUCGCAAUACUCUGCGCCAGUGCCCUCUUACGCUCUCGAGUCGAGCAGCGGCGAAUCCGAGCUGGAUGACGACGAACUCGCCGCGCACACGCGUCUCUCGUCGAACGGGAAGAAGGCACUCGCACCAGAACCUGCGGUCGAGUUGAGCGGUCCUAUCGAGCGGUUGCGCAACGGCGGAGAGGCGGUCUUCCUGGUUGACGAGGCGGGCGAGAGGAUCGCUCAGGGUGUCGAGGUCGGUGGGGAUGCGAUCAGGGUGACAGUCGACGGGGAACGGGCCGGCUUGAUCGUCGUGGACGCGAGCGGCGCCAUCCUCGUCUUUCUCUCGACAGCUCUCCCCCUCGCCUCGCUGCAUCCGCUCGCAAGCAAGAUCUACGACGUGCUGCAACCCGCCAGCUCGACGAUUGUCGCAGCCUACCACUUGCCGUCGUACAUCCCGCCUGCAGACGCGCCCUCCUCCUCUUCCGCACCUCUCCUCUUCCUCGCCUCGCCUUCUCCCGCCGCGCCUAUCUCGCAGCUCAAGUCAGAAGGCUCCUUGUAUCCCUUCAACCCGCCAAACCUCCUUCACGGCCUUCCCUCCGCCCUCUUGACUGUCUCUGUUCUUUCCUCCGCCUCAAAGUCGUCGACUCUCCUCCUUCUCCCGACGACGGCCCCGCCUCAACCGCUCAACGGUCCCUUCUCGCCCGUCUCGCCUAUAACAGCGAGCGCCGGCGCAUCGCUGUACGACGCAGGAGGACCUACCGGACUCGGCGACCCGUCUGCCUUGUUCCGCGAGUUGGCAGGGACUGGACGGCGGCGCGGGAGCGCAGCAGCGGGCGCAGGCGCGAGGAGGGCGCCGCUGCAGGCUGUCAAGGAGGCGCUUGGAUGGAGUUGGUGGGAUCUGACGAAGCAGGGCGGUCAAGGAUUCGCAUGGCUGGAGAAGCGGCGCAAGGAGCGGCGGCGGGAGGAGCUGUCGAGCAUGUACAUGUGA